CUCCUCCCUGGGAGCCCCGCCCUCGAGGAGUGACUCUGGUGUCGGAGAGAAGAGAGGGAGACUCUGCAGACACACACACACUCACACACACACUCUCGCACAUGUACACACACGUACACACACGGUCACACGCUAAGCGUUUCUUAGCAGCCUGUCGUGUCUGUGCUAACGGGACAAGUUUAAACCUCCGGGAUAUCGCAGUUGGCUCCUCGCGUUUCUCGCUCUGCCCCCACGUGAACAUCUCGACCCGGAGUGAGGAGGUUUACCACCGCUGGAGGGAUGAUGGUGAUGACGAUUAUGGGAGGAGGCCACAGCCGAAGGUGCAGCCCUCGCUAGAAAAAUAGUCCCCCCCCCCCCCCCUAAUUUCACCCCUCUGCCAUCACCCACCACUGCCGCCCUGACCCCUGGCGUCAUGGCCAACCACCUGGAGCUGAUCCAGGAGCUGCAGCAGCUGGACAAGGUGCCCAGUUUGGAGAGGCUGCGGACAGCCCAGAAGCGGCGUACACAGCAGCUGAAACGAUGGGCCGUGUACGAGAAGGAGAUGCAGAACAAGAAGCGGAAGGCGGACAAGAAGGGACGCCAUGCCAACAACCUCCAUCAAGAGUACAAGAGGCACGUGUCAUUCGCCGCCAGCGUUGCACUUCUGGAGGCAUCGGCCAGAAACGAUCCAGAUGAAGUUCGUUACCUGCUGAGGAACAAUGUGAGUCCAGACCUCUGCAAUGAAGACGGCCUCACCGCCCUGCAUCAGUGUUGUAUAGAUAACUACGAGGAGAUGGUGAAGAUCCUGCUGGACCGAGGAGCCAGUGUGAACGCUCAGGACAACGAGCUGUGGACGCCGCUGCACGCCGCGGCGACAUGUGGCCACGCAGGACUGGUCAAGAUUCUCAUUGCACAUGGUGCGGAUCUGCUGGCAGUCAACUCCGAUGGGAACAUGCCCUACGAUCUGUGUGAAGACGACCCAACACUGGACAUGAUCGAGACGGCGAUGGCCAACAGAGGCAUCACCCAGGAGAUGAUCAACGAGACCCGGGCGUCAACUGAGAGGAGGAUGCUGGGAGACAUUCAGGAACUGCUGAGACUGGGAGAGGAGGUCAACCAGCAGGACUCUCAGGGAGCCUCACUGCUCCACAUAGCAGCGGCUAACGGCUACGUCCAGGCCUCGGAGCUGCUGCUGGAGGGCGGAGCUCGCAUGGACCUGAGGGACUCGGAUGGAUGGCAGCCUCUUCACGCUGCAGCGUGCUGGGGUCAGAUGCAUGUGGCGGAGCUGUUGGUGUCUCACGGAGCCAGUCUCAACGCCAAGACCUUCCUCGAGGAGACUCCCAUUGAUCUGUGUGAGGACGAGGAGUUCCGAGCCAUGCUGCUGGAUCUGAAGCACAAACACGACAUCAUCAUGAAGUCGCAGCUCAAACACAAGACCUCGCUGUGCAGGCGCACGUCCAGUGCAGGCAGCCGUGGUAAAGUGGUGCGGCGAGCGAGCCUGUCGGACCGACACAACUUGUGUCGCAAAGAGUACGAGAGAGAGGCGAUCGUCUGGAGGGGAGGGAGGGAGGAGGACGACGAGAAGGAGAAGGAGUCUGAUCAGGAGAACAACCAAGUGGUUCAUGUCAAGCCAGUCGCAGCUGAGGAGCUUCCAGACAAGCCCAAGCUGCCCACGAUCCUCAAAGAUGGCAGCGGCAAGCAGAAUGGCCUCAUCUCCACGACGACGUCUGUACCGCCGCAGCCGCCCUCCAAUGGCAACGCGCCGCCAUCCGAUAACGGCGGAGUCGUCACCACCCAGCCCCCGCAGGAGGAGGCCUUGCCGAGAGAGCGCGCUCAGACCCUGUCGGAGCUGAAGAAGCAGCGGGCCGCCGCCAAACUGUUGAAUCACCCCUUGUUUAACGGUCACCUAGGCAACGGCUCUACGGACUCCUUCUCCGAUGCCAAAAACAACUCCGAGGACCCCCGCAUGCCCCUGGUCUCCUCCAACGGCAGCGCUGUUUACUACACGCCGGCCAGCGGUGACCCGCCCCUCCUCAAACUGAAACAGCCAAUGGACGAAGAGCAGCCGAAGCCGCUGACCUGCUGCUGCGUGUCAUAGCGCCGCAGUCACGUGACGCAUGCAGAAAGAGGAGGGAAGUCAGGAAUGUGCUGUAGGACGGAUGAAAGAGAGAGGGAGUGUUCCUGUCUUGUAAUGUCCUGCUCCCCCAUUUUGAGUGGCCUCACGAAGGUCCAGAGACGUUUCCUCUUUCCUCCCUGUCACGUGACUCCAGAUACAAACGGAGAAAACCUUCCCCCCCAAACGGAGGCAGUGUAGCAAAGAAGAGGAAAAUGUUUUUGGAUUAAAAUUCCUUUUCAUACAAGACAUGCCAAACGGAUGGAAAAGAGUGCGAGAUGCUGUUCCUCUCUGUCCCGACUGUCCUGACAGUUUCCUUUUAUUUGAAGCUUCUCAUCUGGCAAUGGUCAAAAAAUAGCGAUGGGUCUCAAGGUACUGCAUGCUCUGCCCCCGGAGAUGAAGAUGGAGACUGAUCUUUUUUGUAGCCUACAAAUGGAUGAUUCUCGUUGUAUUGUUCCACAUUCUUGUCACUUUCACAGUAGGACGUCCUUCCCAGAGCUGACCAGGUGUAUUGUACGGCAUCGUGUCGCAUCACGACGUAUUCGAUAGAGCUAAACGUAGCAAAAAGAGAUCUGACCCAUCUCUUCUGAAGUCUCCUUCACGUUGAAGUGCGGCCGGCCUAGGUGAAAGGAAGGAACGCCGUAAAUACAGUGUUAAAAUAUUCAGGAAGUGUACUUCUGCCGCGAGAGAAGAGAAACCGUCACUGUAUUCAGUCAACUACACGUCACGUCACCGUCCUCUCACGUCAAACCUAAACUGACAGGUCACAGUCCACUUUGUGCUCGUACCAAUAAUUUAAGCCGAGGUGGCUGAAAAUGACUGUACGUUUAUUUUAUUUAUGAAAUUAAUGUCAUGUGUUUAAAAAAAACAAAAACAAACAA